AUGCCUGUACCAAGCUCAAUCACAUCAAAUCAGCACAUUGUCGUUCUCGGUGGCGGUGUCAUCGGCGUCACCACCGCCGUCACCCUCGCUAGACAAGGCUACAAGGUUACCGUUUGCGCUAGAGAUCUCCCCACAGACUCAGAGUCCACUGGAUUCGCUUCUCCUUGGGCUGGCGCAAACUGGGCCACCUUUGCCUCCAAAUAUGAUUACAGACUGCAGAGGUGGGAGGAGCACACUUUCAAGCAGCUCUGGAACCUCAUCCCCACUGGCCACGUAAUGGAACUGCCAAUCACCGUUUACAAGUCAGAGCAAGGCAUUAAAGAUCUUUGGCACAAGCACCUCACUCCAAACUUCCGUAGAGUUCACCCACCUUGUGCUAAACCAGGCGUCUCUGGUGCCGCCUUCACCUCUGUCUCACUCUCAGCCCCAGACUACCUCCAGCACCUCUACAAGACAGCUGUACAGCUUGGUGUGGGCUUUAUUAGGAAGUCAUUCAAUUCUAUCCACGAGCCUUUUCAAGGCGCUCAUGGUAUCCCAACUGCUGAUCUAGUCGUUAACGCCACUGGCCUUGGUGCGCGCAAGUUGGACGGUUGCAACGACCCUCAAGUCAUGCCUAUACGCGGUCAAACAGUCGUGGUCGACGCUCCUAAUGUCAAAGAAUGCGUCAUGGCUCUUGAUAGCUCAUACAGCUCAGAAUCAGCAUACAUCAUUCCAAGACCAAAUGGCCAAGCUAUCUUGGGUGGCUGUUUCCAAGUCGGCAACUGGGACACUGAGGUGGAUAUCGACAUGGGUCAACGCAUUCUCGAACGCUGCUUCGAAUUAAACAAGAAUCUUAGCCCUACUGGUAAAUUUGAAGAUAUUAAAGUCGUGCGUCAUAACGUUGGCCUUCGUCCUGCUAGAGAGGGUGGAGCUAGAUUGGAAUUUGAGUUGCUCGAAGAUCCGCAAGGUUUCGAUGAAGGUCACCCAGUCGUACACGCUUACGGUAUUGGACCUGCUGGAUAUCAAUGCAGCUGGGGAAUGGCUAGGGAUGUGUUCAAUCUGGUAGACGAACACCUUAAGCCAACAAGAUCACUGGAUAUGGUUGCAACUACCGACUCAAUCAAGCAAAGUGCGAACACAACACCAAGAAGCUGUCCAGUUGCACCAACAACUACACGCUCACGUUCAUCAAGCCAAAGAUGGAUACCACAAUCACCAAUUAUCUCACCUCAAACGGUGUUAAUCUAA